GCUGUUUUCUCAAAUCAUCUAUCACCAAUCUUCCAUUCCCGAGUAAAAGCUAAAAAGGGCUGCAUGAAGCUUUGGUCAAGGUCCUCGGAAAUGUGUGAGCGUAAUCUUCUCAGUUCUGGCUAUGUUGGCUCUCUUUUGAAUUUCCCUAACCCGGACUCUUUUUAUUUUCCAAAUUUACGGGGAAAUGGAGCUCAGCUAACAGGGCUUCCCCCGAUUCCUUACACCCGGAGAGAGGUGUGCUCGCUCCCGUGGACUCCUCCAAGUUCGUGCUCCUCUCCGCCACAGAGCCGCGCAUUCAAUGGCUACUCUCAACCUUUUCUGACCAAUUCUGUACCACUAAGUACUAACCCUAACAACCACAACAAAGGACCAUUGGAAGAAACCAGUAAAUACUACUUCCAGAACGCAAACCUCAAACCAGAGGAACUGUGUAGACGAUCUCCAUCUUUUUCAAGCGAGAACGGACUUAAUUCUGCCAACGCCAGCUCCUUCAAAUAUGAUUUUACUAGUUUGGAAAGGCUGCCUCACGGGUCAUCGGCCCACAAUGGACUGAAUACCAGUAAUCAAGCAAUAACCGAAGGCAUCAAGCAAUCUGUCAACUUAAACAUGACAAUGCCGUCACCUUCAAACCAGCCAUGCACCCGAGCCUCCUUAUCUGAUGAAUUGCCUUGGUGCCCCAUUCAAACAAGAUCAAGAAAAAAACGAAAACCGUACACCAAACCACAGCUCGCUGAACUUGAGAAUGAAUUUCUUAUGAACGAAUUCAUUAACAGACAGAAAAGGAAGGAAUUAUCUGAUAGGCUGGAUUUGAGCGACCAGCAAGUUAAAAUUUGGUUCCAGAACCGAAGAAUGAAAGAGAAAAGACUAACAAUGCGCGAGCACGCAUUCUCUAUGUACUAAGUUAUUUGCAUAUUGCAAAAUGAGCUCUGGACAUUACAAAUAUGAAAUUGAUUUGUAGAAAAAAGGACACCAUUAAAGCCGUCAUAAUCCAUACAUAAUCAACCUCAACAGUAUACUGUAAGACCGAGUGUUUAACUUUAAAACACUUAUUUGUAACACUUUUCAAACACGUCACUGCGUUUAUAAUUUUAAAUGUGAUUAUGAUUUAAUAGGCAUCGCUUCACUGUUUCAUACUCAUGUUUUAAAUCAUUAACGUAAAUUAAGGAAACAAAAUAUACCUCACAGGUGCUGCUAUGCCGCAGUCAUUGUAAUGUUAUAUGUGUCAAUAUUUUGUAUUUUUUUCUGCUAAUAAAGUAUAAAAAUAAGUAUUAGUGAAAAUGCAAGCAAUGUAUUUUG